CUCUUCUCACGAGCUUCAAAUUCUCUAAAUCCUGUAAAUCCCCACUUUCUACGGGAUUGAUCCAAUCCUGGAUUUAAGGCGAAAUGGGAUUUAAGAACCUGUAGGAUUUACGCAUCCGUUUUUGCCAUUUGGCAGGAUUUAGCAUAAACCGUCUAAAAGCGGCUACCAAACAACCCCUAAAUCUAUUCGAGCAGGACGAUUUCCAUCUCGACUCGAAAUAAGAUCGUUAAGGGCCCUAAUCCUCACAUCCCUUUCCCCAACUAAUCGGAAUCAUCUAAACCUUGAUCAGGUCAACAGGUAGACACGCCAGCCAGCGAAUACCAAACAGGUUAUCUUGACCCGAUACGCCCUGUUCGAAGAUCAAAAUCUCGUUCCCCAGUCCCCACAACAUAAAAAAAAAUUAGCGCAAGUCUGGAGAAGGAAACAGAAGAAAGAGACGAAACAGAGGCCGAGGAAAUCCUUCGAUCUAUGAAGACAGAGAAAGAGAAAGACAUAGAAGCAGAUGAGAGAGAUGAGUCGCCAUUGACCACAUCAUCGAAAGAAACGAAGUCUUCCACGUGAGGAAGAAGACGCCAUUUUUGAUAAACCAGAUAAGAACAUUCAGAUUCAGGUGCUGAGUUCUCCCUCCCUCUCUCCUAACUUUUUGAUGGAUUCGUGCAGCCAUGAUCUGUUCGAUGUGGAUUUGAGUUCUUGGUAACUGAUUCAUAGCUGAGGAGCAGAAAUCUUUCAUCUUGCUUUGCAAAGGGGAAGCAGAGGAUGUCUGUAAAGUCACUAUGGAGUGAUAAAAUAAGAAAGUCUUUUGCAGCAAAAAAAUUAGAGAAGAAAGGCAAGAGGUCAUUUGAGGCAAGCGAGUUGCCACCAGAGCUUCACGGCAAAGAGGACUCCUCUGCACGGAUAAGCAGUUCUACUCCACAUUUCUCGAGUCCAGUGUCAGACAUCUUUGAUUCUCAGAAUUUCAGGAUUUUUGCUUCAACCUGGAAUGUGGGAGGAAACUCUCCUCAUAUUGGUCUGAACUUGAAUGAGUUUCUUCCUCUUGAUGAUGAAUCUGAUAUUUAUGUUUUAGGCUUCCAGGAAAUUGUUCCUCUAAAUGCUGGUAAUGUGUUGGUAUCAGAAGACAACGAGCCGGCAUCGAAAUGGCUCGAACUCAUCGACCUCGCCUUAAAUUCAACUAACAAAGCAUUCAGGAGAAAUCAAACUAUGCGGCUAAAGGCAUGCAAUUGUCCCUCAGAGGUAAAGAAGAAGAGUUAUGGACCGACAUGCUUCAGCUGUCGGUUUUCGUAUGAUUUUGACUUUGAGGAUGAGGAAUCGGAGAAGGGAGAGGACGAAAAAAAUGGAUUUGAUGAUGAUGAAGGUGGCAUUGUUGAGAUGGGAUCGAGCGACCGAGGUGGAUAUAGCUACAUUGUCAGCAAACAAAUGGUGGGGAUAUUUAUCACCAUUUGGGCGAAGAAAGAGCUUGUUAGACAUAUGAGUCAUUUCCAGAUCUGUAGUGUUGGCCGCGGGAUUAUGGGUCGGCUAGGUAACAAGGGUUGUAUAUCAGUGAGCAUGUGCUUGCAUCAGACAAGCUUCUGCUUCAUCUGUUGUCAUCUGGCUUCUGGAGAGAAGGAAGGGGAUGAACUAAGAAGAAAUUCUGAUGUCAUUAAGAUAUCAAAGAACACCUAUUUUCGAAGAAUUUGUGACAAUCAUCAUCGAAUUAAUCCCAAAAAGAUCGUAGAUCAUGACCGGGUGAUAUGGCUAGGAGAUCUAAACUAUAGAAUUUCUCUGAGUUAUUCGGAGACCAAGAGACAUCUUGAGGAGAAUAACUGGGAUGCCCUACUUGAAAAGGAUCAGCUGAGAGUUGAAAGAGAAUCAGGGAGAGUGUUCAAAGGUUGGAAGGAAGGGAAGAUUUACUUUCCUCCUACAUACAAAUACUCCAACAAUUCAGAUUCAUAUUCUGGAGACAAUGCGACAUCUAAGAGUAAAAGAAGAACACCAGCUUGGUGCGACCGGAUACUAUGGCACGGCAAUGGGAUUGUACAAUUAUUUUACAUUCGGGGGGAGUCGAGGUUGUCAGAUCAUAGACCAGUCUUUGCAGGUUUCUCAGUGGAUGUUGAAGUGCUUGAUGAUAGGUUCAGGAAGGAAAUAUCAGCAAGCAACAUGAAAGUUGGGGUGGAAGAGCUACUUCCUUCAUGAUAGGAUAUAUUUUUCCUAAAAGUUUUGUAAAAGUAUAGAUCAAAAGGCAAAUUUAAAUGUGUAGCACACAAUUCUUAUGUAUUUACAUCUCUCAAACCUAAACUUUAAUAUCUACAAGCAUAGCACUCGGUGUU